AUGACCGGCCAAAAACAAGUCGUGUUCGACGUAGUCGGCACAUGCGUCUCUUUCGACGCCUUCUACAAUGGCAUUGACAAGGUCAUCGGCAACCGCCUCCUAGCCCGAAACAUCACCGCUCGUUCCUUCGGCUUCACCUGGAUGACAGCCGCCGAGCUGGAGUUUACAUUCCUCUCUAUAUCCGAGCGCUACAAACCGUAUAAAGAAGUCAUGUCGGCCCUCUUCUUCCGCACGCUAUAUAUGAUGGGCGUCGAGGACCCUCGUGGCUUCGCUACUGAAGCUGAGCGAGAUCAGUGCGCACAGGGAUACUCGGAGUUGGAGCUACGUCCUGGAACCAAAGACUGCUUUGCUAAGCUGCGCGAUGCUGGCUUCACUGUGUGGUGUCUGACGACCGGUGACACUAAGCGUGUACGAGGAUACUUCGAGCGUGGUGGUGUUGACAUGCCUCUGGAGAACUUUAUUAGCUGUGAUACGGCUGGUGUGGCGAAGCCAGCACUGGCGGCGUAUAGGCCUGCUCUGGCCCAGUUUAAGAAGGAGGACGCAAAGUGGUUUGCGGCGGCACAUAUGUGGGAUGUCACUGCUGCUGUGAAGGUGGGAUUCCGUGGUGCUUAUUGUACUGUUUAUGAGCGCGAAUCUUGUGCCGAGAUCUUCGAUGCCGAGUUGGAGGUGGUUGAGAAUACACUGCCCGCAAUGGCCGAUAAGAUUAUUGCGGCUUCGAUUUGA